CUGAACAACUUUUAAUUAAUAAAUAAAGUUGAUUUCAUUUGUCCAAAGUGAAGAUUAUAGUGUAUUUGGAAAAAGAAGUUUAAUUUAAAAAAAAUUUAUAUAAAAAAAAUGUAAUAUAAAAAUUAAGAACUGAGUUGACAAAAAUUUGAGAUAACAUGAAUUUUAAUUAAUUCUUUCAUUGAUUAUAAAUUCAAGUAGUUUAAAAUAAAAAUAGUAAGAAAAAAUAUUUUUUAUGAAAUAUCACAUUAUUUUCUAAAAGAAAGUCUUAUAAAUUUAAUUUGUAAUUAUGUAAUAUCCAAAUAUUUAAUCUUACAAAUAGAAAAAAAUGUAAAAAAAAUUUAUGAUGUUUUAUAAAAAAAGAAAAAAUUUUAAAUUUUUGAAAAAAA